CUGCCGGCGAGUUGCGAUCCGCCUUCGCCGAAUGGAUCAACAAAGAAGCUUGUCUGGAUUAUCUUUGGCGGCACCGGCCACAUGGGCCGGUCGCUGGUCAAAAGCACCUUGUCCCACGGCGAUCUGGUGUGCUCGGUAGGGCGAAUCUUUGAGACGCCACAGAAGGACAUGGAGGGCAUCCAUGAAAACUGCCUGGGCCUCCUGUGCGACGUGCGCUCGCGGGAGUCGGUCAAUCGCGUCUUCCGGCAGGUCAUGGACAAGUUUGGCCGCGUCGACGUGGUCGCAAACUGCUCGGGCUACGGCGUCAUCGGGUCGUGCGAGGACCAGGACGAGCACGAUCUGCGCAACCAGUUCGAGACCAACUUCAUGGGCACGCUGCACAUCAUCCACGCGACGCUGCCCUACUUCCGGCGGCAGCAGGCCGGGCGGUAUCUGAUCUUCAGCUCUACGUCCGGCGCUCUGGGCGUGCCGGGCCUGGGGCCCUACUGCGCCAGCAAAUAUGCCGUCGAGGGCCUCAUCGAGGCUAUGCUGUAUGAAACAGAUGCGUUCCACGUCAAGGCCACGCUCAUCGAACCAGGGCUCGUCCGACGUGACGAACCUGACUCUGGCAACAGUCCCUUGCCCACCUGGGGCCAUUUUUUCAUCAAGCCGCCCAGCGAGCAUUAUUCAACCGCAACUUCUCCAGCCCUUCACGCAAAGCGAAUGGUGCAGUGGCUGGGAGAUCGCCAGCCAACAAGUGCCGUCAAGUGCGCUGAGCUCGUCUGGCAACUGGGUCACUGCUCGUAUCCGCCAUUAAGGCUACUGCUUGGCAGCUAUGCUAUCGAGAGCAUUCGAGACAGAAUGCGCUCCGUCACCGAAGAGCUGGAGGACUGGAAGCAUCUGAACUUUGCCAUAGUGCCCGAUUCCGACAAAGAGGGAACCGAGGAAAUAGGUGCCGAAGCAAGUGCGGAUUUUGUUGUUGCUUGAAGAAGAAUGAGUAAGUGCAGGCCACAGCGUAACAGUUUCUUGUUUCUUGUUUAUAUCUUCGCUCUUAUAUGCACCU